UUGAUUCAAGUAUUCAAUCAUUACUAAUAGAUCUGUGAAUGUUGCCGUGUUUCAGGAAUUCAUUACUUGAGGUUAACCUAUUUUUUAUUUUCAGGUCCUAAAGGACUGGUUUUUCGGGAGGUCAGAAAAAGUGAGGAGGAAACAAACCUGCGAUGAGUCCCCUGAAUUCACCCUCCUUGUUUAACGUCACUAUUGUACAUCCCGAAUUCUUUUACAUAAGCGGUUUUGCCGGUAUUCCCCACACAAAAUACUACUAUGUGUUCUUGUGCUUGUGCUUUGCUCUGACUCUACUGGGAAACACUUUUAUCAUGUUUGUGAUUUACACUGACCACAGUCUUCACACUCCAAAAUACAUUGUCGUUUUUAAUUUGGCUGUGUCCGACUUGUGUGGAAGCACUGCCCUUGUUCCUCAGAUGAUAGACACCUUCCUGUUUAAAUCACAGCUAAUCUCCUACAAGGCCUGUUUGACUAAUAUGUUUUUUGUUUUUUGGUUUGGCUGUGUGCAGUCUCUCACUCUUACUGCUUUGUCCUAUGAUAGAUGUGUUGCUAUAUGCCUUCCACUGAGAUACAAUGAGAUUGUGACUAGUAAAUCAAUGUUGGUGAUCACAGCCAUAUUAUGGAUUUUUGCAGGAACGGCCACUCUCAUAGCUGUGAUUUUUAUCAGCAGAAUAUCAUUCUGCAAAUCCAUUGUGGUAAACAGCUAUUUCUGUGAUCAAGGACCCAUGCACCUUUUGGCAUGCAAUGACAACACUCCAAGUGCUGUGAUUCACUGGACACAUCCCGUUAUUAUUCUCUGGUUACCGGUACUGUUUAUCACAGGUACAUAUAUUUCUAUAGCCAGAGCGUUAUUCAAAAUUGCAGAAGCUUCUGAGCGCCUCAAAGCCAUGAAGACCUGCACCUCUCAUUUGAUCUUGGUGAGUGUGUUUUAUCUUCCAAUAUGUAUCACCUAUGCAAUGGGCUCAGCCAUUCAACUGAAUGCCAGGAUCGUGAACAUGUCUCUGACCACUGUUUUGCCGCCAAUGCUGAAUCCAAUCAUUUACUCUCUGAAGACAGAGGAAUUCACAGAAUCCAUUAAAAAGCUGUAUAGAAGAAACAAGAUUCACAUCGUUGUAAGGAAUAAAUGAAUAAAUGUUUUA